AAUUUACUACUAACAAAUAGAGACGAACGGAGCAUAGAAAAUAGACUCGCUGCUGCCAUCAAGCACUCACAUAGCCCCCUCGCAGUUCCUAACGGCAAUCCUCUUGGACCAGCCACUUCUCAUGGGAAUGAGUCAUCGAAAGGAGCCAAGGUAGAAUUGAGGAAGAGGAAUCAUUGA